GUAGUUGCAGAAUCCUUUAAGGAGAAAAAGUAGAGAGAAAAGGAAAAUAAGAGAAGCUUGCAUCUUUUAAUUAUUUAUUUAUUUUUUCUGUGAGGAGAAACAAUGAAAGGCAAAGUGAAGAGUUUCAAACUGAAGUUGGGGAUACCUGCAUUUUUCUUCCUAUGCUCCCUUUUUGUCUUUGCUGCCUUCUUUGUAUAUCCUCUCCUCUUUCAGGAUUUGGACGAUGUUAGAUCAAAGUCAAGAAUACUCCAAGAAUUUGAGAAGAAAGUAUAUGAACCUGUUGAGCAUGGUGAAUCCGGGGAAUCCUUUUUUGAUUCAAUCCCUUUUCAGAUUUUAAGUUGGAGACCGCGGGCGGUUUAUUUUCCAAACUUUACUAGUGUGGAAGCAUGUCAGCAAAUAAUUGAAAUGGCAAAAGCAAAACUUGAACCAUCGAAACUGGCUUUGCGGAAAGGAGAAACUGCUGACAGCACAAAAGACACUAGAACAAGUUCAGGCACAUUUGUCAGUGCAUCAGGAGACAAAUCUGGCAUUUUAGACAUGUUAGAGAGGAAAAUUGCUAAAGUUACAAUGAUUCCAAGGAGCCAUGGGGAAAAAUUCAAUAUAUUGAAGUAUGAGGUUGGCCAGAAAUAUGAUUCUCAUUACGAUGCGUUCAACCCAGAUGAAUACGGCACUGUUGUAAGCCAAAGGAUGGCUUCCUUUCUGUUAUACCUAUCAAAUGUUGAAGCAGGAGGAGAAACAAUGUUCCCUUAUGAGGGUGGUUUGCAUAUUGAUACGGAAUAUGAUUACCGAAAAUGCAUUGGUUUGAAGGUUAAGCCACGACAGGGCGAUGGACUUUUAUUUUAUUCAUUGUUACCAAACGGGAAAAUUGAUAAGACUUCUCUUCAUGGAAGUUGUCCAGUGAUUAAGGGAGAGAAAUGGGUGGCAACAAAGUGGAUUAAUGAUGAAGAGCAAUAGUACUACAGCAAAAAUGAUUUUAAACAACAAUGAAAUACUAUGAUCUAAAGAGUAAAAACCUAAAUUCAUCUUCUAAAAUUUUGAAUAUUUGUAUUUUAAUAUUUAAUGAAUAUUAUAAUUUGGUAAUUGGAACAGUUAUGUUACUUUUGACAAAUAUAAUUUGUGUACACUGAAUUAUCUUAGUUUUUUUUACUUCAAUAGUUUUAAUUGAAACUCACUUUUAUAAGAUCAGGAACGGAAAAG